UGACGAGUCGGCAAUGAAUUCGUGGCGAUAAAACGAAUAGAAUUAUAGCAAAAUUUAAAGCUAUUUUCAUGUUUUUAUAAGAAGUUGAGCUCAAAAAAUAAAUAAAUUACAAAAUGGGAAUAACGGUCAGUCAAUACUCUGUGCUAUCAAGCAAUGAGCACUUGAUAAAGUUCUGCUCAAGUGAGAUAAUAUGCCCCAACGAUCCAUUCUGGAAUCAGAUGUUAGCUUUUAAUAUCAAACCACCUGGAAGUGCAGAAGAACAACUAAUGUUUGAUUCUGCAAUAGAAUCUCUGCUGCAAACAUUCGUUCAGAAUAAUCUGCAGACCGGAAACCUUGGGUCUCUGGUUCAAGUCUUCAUUACCAGGGCAACGUUGUUACUGGCGUCUCCGGUCAGUGAUAACGUAAUGCUCUCUUGGACAACGUUCAAUGCGUUGUUCGUCAUAAAAGCGGUCAUAAAAUAUCUAGUGGAGAUGGUACCUGAAUAUGAAUUGUGUCGGCAUCUGGACGCCCAGAUCGACAGGAGAACGGGCAACGGUCAACUCGAUAACAAAGACGCUUCACAGACGCCAUCGACACCUUCGAGCCAUGAGGCCCACUCACAAACGCCUGAAGUGCAACAAUCUCCAAAGCUGACGGCCUCCGAGAGUCGAGUGGAGAUCCUCAUAGACGCGCUGAUAGGGCUCAUCAUAGACGUGCCUGUUACAGACAACACAUACUACUUGCACUUGGAAUGUAUAAACACGCUGCUAGUGCUAAUGUCAAUAUAUAUGUUUGCUGAAGUCCACGGACAGGAGAGACUGGUCGAGACUUCGUUGAUAUACAGAACCCUCUUUCAAGGUCGUUACGGCAUGCACGCCCCGCUGCUGGUCAAAACUCUGCUGUUGAAUCUGUCGAGCAUGUUGGCCGCCCCGCCGAGCAUGUUCGGCACGCACGAGGGAGGUAGCGUUCUUAUUAAUUUGGCGUCCGGCCUCUGGAGCAUGCUGUCGUUCACCACGUCCGCCAGACCCACGAUAUACAGCCACCCGCCGGCGGACCGGCAGGAGUUGCUGCGGAGGCUGAACAAGGAGCACCCGGUGGCGAACCAGUCGUGCCUGCUGCUGCUGGCGCUGGCCAACCACUGCAUGAACGACGACAACCUGUACAGGAGGUCGUUGCUCUGCUGCGAGGAUAGUUGCGAAACGAGUUCGACGACGCCGCAGAAAGACGCCGUGACGUCACAAAUCACGCCCCCCCGUAUAGACAUGGCUGCGCUCCACAGAGCCCUGUGCGGCGCGGCUGGUUGUGAGCACGUGACGCUGCUGCUGUACCUCAUGCUGCAUUCCUGCCGCCAUUACAAGAGCCACGUCAGCGCCACACCACACAUCGAAAACCUGAUAGUACCGGUGCUUGAGGUGCUGUACAACGCGCCCGAGAACAACUCCCACCACAUCUACAUGUCGCUGAUCAUACUGCUGAUACUGACCGAAGACGACGCUCUGAUUAAGAACGUGCAUAUGAUCACCCUAAAAAACCCGACAUGGUACACGGAGAGGACGAUAUCGGAGAUCUCGCUAGGCGGUCUGAUGGUGCUGGUCAUAAUAAGAGCGCUGCAGUACAACAUGACACGGGUCCGGGACAAAUAUUUACACACGAACUGCUUGGCUGCCGUCGCCAACAUGAGCUGUGAAUUUAGGAACCUCCAUCCGUACGUAGCACAGAGACUAAUAUCUCUAUUCGAAUCAUUGACCAAGAGAAGAGCGAGACUGUGCAGCGAGAUUGAAGGUGGCGAUUUAAAUAAUUUAGAACUACCGCAUCAGUCAGAAGAAAAGACAGAGGAAAUUAUGGACCACAUCAACGUUUUGGAUGAAGUCCUGAGGAUGCUCUUGGAGAUAAUAAACUCUUGCCUGGCGCACCAGCUCUCCAACAACCUGAAUCUGGUGUACGCGCUGCUGCACAAGCGGAACGUCUUCCAGCAGCAUCAGAACCUGCACAUCACCCAGAACAUAGAGAUGGUCAUAGGGUACUUCUCGAGUCGCCUCCAGCGUGUGCAGGAGGGCGCCGGCACCGACCUGGGCGUGACCGAGGUGCUGGCCUGCAUCAGGAAGGGCGCCGAGCAGUGGUCCAGUGACCGCCUGAAGAAGUUUCCGGACCUGAAGUUCCGUUACGUGGAAGAGGACAAACCGGAAGAGUUCUUCAGCCCGUACGUGUGGAGGUUGAUCAGCGGCUGCGGCGGCGUGCACUGGGCGAGCGAGGGCGGAGCCCGGGCGCUCCGCCACCUGCUCGUCUGAUCCGGGCCCCGCGCUGUCACGGGCUCUGGGACGUGCCACAGAGUGCUUUGACAAAACACGCGUCGUGCAGCGCCAUCUAUACACGAACGAUUGAACUAAUUCGAAAAGUUAAUGUCACUGACGUAAUCGGAAACUAGUAUUUCCUGAAAAUGUCCCGAAUCACGAGAGUGAAUCAAAAAUACUUUUAUGGCUUAGUAAUGUAAUAUAAACUAUUUAAAAAAACAAUUAUCUGUAUUGGUAUAUUAAUGAUUUAAGAGAGAAAAAAAAACCUACACGACCACCGAUAAUGUCUCGAACCUCAUGCCAUAACUACGGAAACGAUUGCAGUGAGAUAUUGCCUUUUAAAACUCAUCUAAAAAUUAGUGUCUUACUCAUCUAUCGAUAGUCGAUAAGAAUA